GCGAGCACUUGCCUUGGUCCUCUGGUGCAGUGGGUUUACUUGAUUUUUAAGAAAAAAAAAUGUCUUCACUUAUAAGAAGCAUUGUUGAUAUCACUGAAGUUUUCAAUCAAUAUGCAUCACAAAGUUGUGAUGGAGCAUCACUUAGCAAGAAAGACCUGAAAAACCUUCUUGAGAGAGAACUUGGAGAUGUCCUUCAGAGACCACAUGACCCUGAGACAGUAGACCUGACCCUAGAACUUCUGGAUCGCGACUGCAACGGGCGUGUUGAUUUCAACGAAUUCCUCCUGUUCCUUUUCAAGAUGGCUCAAGCUUGCUAUUACGCUCUCGAUCAGGCGGCAGAGCUAGGUGAGAAGAGAGCCCUGCCCAGUGAAAAGAGGAACCUGUCACAAGAUCGCAGGCAAGAAGACCAAAGGAGAUUCGAGCCCCGGGACAGACAACUGGACGAAGAGCCUGGGCGCCGAAGCUGGCAGAAGAGACGUGAGCAGGAGGAGCGCGCUGAGGAGCAGAGGCUGGAGCAGCGCGAUAGGCAGCAGCGCGAGGAAGAGCAGAGACUGCAAAGGCGAGAACUGCAAGAACUAGAAGAGCGCCUUGCAGAGAAGGAGCCCCUAAGCCGGAGUAAGGGUCGUGACGCAGAGGAGUUUUCUGAGGUAGAGGAACAGCAAAGGCGAGAGAGUCAGGAACUCAAGGGCAAGGGCCAAGCCGAAGAGAGAAGGCUGCAGAAGCGCAGGCAAGAAGAGCUACGCGAACCCCUGCUAAGGCGCGAGCAGGAGUCCAGGCGCGAACAAGAGCUAAGGCGCGAGCAGGAGCUGAGGCAGGAACUGAGGCGCGAGCAGGAGCUGAAUCGAAGGCAGGAGCCGAGGCGCGAACAAGAGCUAAGGCGCGAGCAGGAACUGAGGCAGGAACUGAGGCGCGAGCAGGAGCUAAGGCGCGAGCAGGAGCUGAGGCAGGAACUGAGGCGCGAACAAGAGCUAAGGCGCGAGCAGGAGCUGAGGCAGAGGCAGGAGCGGAGGCGCGAGCAGGAGCUGAGGCAGGAGCUGAGGCGCGAGCAGGAGCUGGCUGAGGAGGACGAGCAGACGCGGAUCCGGGAACCCGACGAGAGCAUCACCCAGAGGUGGCAGUGGCAGCUCGAAAGCGAGGCAGAAGCCCAUCAGAACAAGGUCUACUCUAGGCCUCGCAGACAGGAGCAGAGGCUUCGCCAGGAGCUGGAGGAGCGUCAGCUCCGGGAACGGGAGGAGCAACGCCGCGACCUCCAACGGCAGCGUCCCGCUGAGGAGACUAGCCAGCGCAACCAAUGGGAGAGGCCGCAGCGGGCGGAGGAGCGCCUGGAGCAGGAGCAGCGGUUCCGAGACAGGGAGGAGCAGCGCUUCCGGGAGGAGAGGCUGCAACGAGCUGAGCUCCAGGACAGCCUCCUAGAGGAAGAACAGAGGCGACGCCAGGAGGAACGCCGAGAGGCAAACAGGAGCCGGCAGCUACGGGAAGAAAGCCAGAGGCAGCGUAGGGAGGAAGAGCUACGCGAGGAGCGGCUGUCGCAAGAAGAGCGGCGCCAGCAGCGGGAGAGGCAAUACCGCAGAGAGGAGGAUCUGCUGCAGGAGGAAGAGCGGCUGCAGCAGGACGAAGAGCAACUGCAGCGAGAAAGGAGGCGCCUGCAGCGGGAGAGGCAGUAUCAGGAGGAGGACCUGCAACAGGAGGAAGAGCGGCUGCAGCGGGAGGAAGAGCGGCUGCAGAGAGAAAGGAGGCGCCUGCAGCAGGAGAAGCAGUAUCAAGAGGAAGACCUGCAGCGGCUGCAGGACGAAGAUCGGCGCAGGGAUCUGAAGUGGCAGUGGCAGCCAAGGAGAGAAAACGAAGUUCGUAGUAACAGGCUCUUCGCCAAACGCAGGGAGGAUGAGGAGACGACCCAGCAGCUGGAAGAUUCUCGGGAGCAAGCGAGACGUCAGGAUCGGCGGCCUCUGCAGGACGAAGAGGAAGAGAAGAGAGAGCUGGAGCAGGAGAGGAGGCGCCGACAGCAGCGCGACCGUCAGAUCCUAGAGGAAGAGCAGCUUCAGCGAGAGCACCCACGGGAAGCCAAAAGACGAGAGGAGAAGUUCCAGGAGGAAGAACAGCUCCAGGGAGACCUGAGAAGACGGCAACAGGAGAGGGAUGGCAAAUUCCUUGAGGAAGACAGGCAGCUGCGGAAGGAACUGGAAGAACAGAGGCGGCGUCAAGAACGAGAGAGAGAAUUCCAAGAGGAGGAGCAGCGCCUCCAAGAACGUGAGAAAGAACUCCGGCAGGAGAGCGACAGAAAAGUCCGUGAGGAACAAGAGCGCCACCAGCAGCGUGAGGAAGAGCAGCUGAGGCGUCAGGAACAGGACCGAAGAUUCCGCCGGGAACAAGAGGAGGAGCAGCAGCUGCGGGACAGAGCAGUCCGCCGGGAGCAAGAACGCCGCCUGGAGCGUGAGGAAGAGCAGCAGCUGCGGGACAGAGCAGUCCGCCGGGAGCAAGAACGCCGCCUGGAGCGUGAGGAAGAGCAGCAGCUACGGCACAGAGCAUUCCGUCAGGAGCGUGAGGAAGAGCAGCUGAGGGACAGAGCAUUCCGCCAGGAGCAAGAGCGCCGCCUGGAGCGUGAGGAAGAACAGCUGAGGGACAGAGCAUUCCGCCAGGAACAAGAACGCCGCCAGGAACGCGAGGAGGAGCAGCAGCUGCGGGACAGAGCAUUCCGCCAGGAAGAAGAACGCCGCCAGGAACGUGAGGAAGAGCAGCUGCGGGACAGAAAGAUCCGCCGGGAACAAGAACGCCGCCAGGAACGCGAGGAGGAGCAGCUGAGGGACAGAGCAUUCCGGCAGGAACAAGAGCGCCGCCAGGAACGCGAGGAGGAGCAGCAGCUGCGGGACAGAAAGAUCCGCCGGGAACAAGAACGCCGUCAGGAACGCGAGGAAGAGCAGCUGCGGGACAGAGCAUUCCGCCGGGAACGCGAGGAGGAGCAGCUGAGGGACAGAGCAGUCCGCCGGGAACAAGAACGCCGCCAGGAACGCGAGGAGGAGCAGCUGCGGGACAGAGCAGUCCGCCGGGAACAAGAACGCCGCCAGGAGCGCGAGGAAGAGGAGCGCCGCCAGCAGCGUGACAGAACCUUACGCCGGGAAGAGGAGCUCCGCCAGGAACUCGAGGAAGAGCAGCUGCGGGACAGAAAGAUCCGCCGGGAACAAGAACGCCGCCUGGAGCGUGAGGAGGAGCAGCAGCUGCGGGACAGAAAGAUCCGCCGAGAGCAAGAGCUCAGACGCGACAGAAAAUUCCGUGAGGAAGAAGAGCGCCUCCAGGAACGGGAGGAAGAGCAGCUGCGUGGCCAAGAGCGGGACCGCGUGAGGGUGGAGGAGCAGCUUCGCCGAGAGCGCGAGGAAGAGCAGCGGCGCCGCCAGGAACGUGACAGAAAAUUACACCGGGAACAAGAGCUCCGCCAGGAACUCGAGGAAGAGCAGCUGCGGGACAGAAAGAUCCGCCGGGAACAAGAGCUCCGUCAGGAGCGCGAGGAGGAGGAGGAGCGCCGCCAGCAGCGUGACAGGACCUUACGCCGGGAAGAGGAGCUCCGCCAGGAACUCGAGGAAGAGCAGCUGCGGGACAGAAAGAUCCGCCGGGAACAAGAGCUCAGGCGCGACAGAAAAUUCCGCGAGGAAGAAGAGCGCCGCCAGGAACUCCAGGAAGAGGAGCUAAGGCGCCAGGAACGUGACCGAAAAUUCCGUGAGGAACAAGAGCUCCGCCAGGAACUGGAGGAAGAGCGGCUGAGGGACAGAAAGAUCCGCCGGGAGCAAGAGCUCCGCCGGGAGCGCGAGCAAGAGCAGCGGCGCCGCCAGGAGCGCGAGGAAGAGCAAUUUCGCUUUGAGGAGCAGCAGCGGCGCCGCCAAGAACGCGAGCAACAGUUAAGACAGGAGCGCGACAGGAGAGUCCUUGAGGAAGAAGACCUCCGUCAAGACAGAGAAGCUUCCUUCCGCCAGGAAAGAGAGGGACAGCAGCGUCGUCUCCAGGAGCGCGACGGCAGAAGAUUCCGUGACGAAGUAGAGCUCAGGCAAGAAAGGGGAGAGCAGCCGCUGCGUUUCCAGGAACGGGAGCAACAGCUUCGCCAGGAGCGCCAAGAGCGUGACAGAAAAUUCCGUGAGGUAGAAGAGCUUCGCCAGGAAGAAGAGCAGCGCCGCCGCCAGGAGCUCGACAGGAAAUUCCGGGAAGAGAAACACCUGCGCGAGGAGCGCGAGGAACAGCAGUUGCGCAGGGAGAAGCGAGAUAGUCAGUACCCGGCUGAGGAGCAGUUUGCCAGGGACAAGAUUCGUCGCCAGGAACAAGAACUACGUCAAGAAGAGGAACAAAGACGUCGCCAAGAGCGGGAGAGGAAAUUCCAAGAAGAGCAGAUCCGUCGUAGGCAAGAGGAGCAGAGGCGCCGCCAAAUCCUGGAGCCUGGCACACGCCAGUUUGCCAAUGUCCCAGUGCGUUCCAGCCCUCUCUAUGAGUACAUCCAAGAGCAGAGGUCUCAAUACCGCCCUUAAAAUAUGCCGCCAACAUCCUGGCACCAGCCAAAGCUUCAAGCAAAAGAAAAUGAGAAACACUGGGGUAUCCAGCGAUAACUCACGUGUUUCUGGUUGUGGGAAAUCUCUCUGAUCUUAGAAUGUGUCUUUUCUUACAGAAUCUUAAACUAUACCCAUUUCAUUUCUUUUAAUUCCUGUCUUUCAUUCUUCCUCAGGUAGUUCUUUUUUGCAAGAUGUCUUUGUUCUUUAGUGCAGAUAUGAUGUGCACUUUUAAAAAUAAGUCAUUUAAUUUUUGAACGAAUUUUGUUUGAGGAACACAUUGAUUUAUUGCCUUCAUAAGUAACAAGAAUAAUGUAGCAAUCUGAUAAUCAAAGUAAAUGGGUCACUAUUUUUAGUGGUGGAUCAUUUUGCCUAGAGCUCUCAUUUUAUGAGUUCAAAUUGACAUUUUCUUUGGCCUAAAUUUUAUUUGCCUUUACCUC